GAAGAAACAAUCAAGACCACGAACAGUUGAAGCUACCAUUACUUUAUUCGAUCAGUAAUCGAAAAUGGCAGACGUAGCCACUGCAAAUCCUACAGAAAUCAAGCCAGGAGAUCAUGCAGCAUACAUCAAAUUGGCCUUGUUUCUGGCUAUGAAAUCACCACCGAAACCCACAAACUAUCGAGUUGGAGCAGUCCUCGUCAACGCAACUACAAAUGAAAUACUAUCAACAGGGUACACGUUGGAACUUCCUGGGAACACGCAUGCAGAGCAGUGUUGUUUCGAAAAGCUGGCAGCCACGCAUGCAAUAGAUGCUAAGAAGCUGUCCGAAGUCCUCCCUGAUGAAGUGGCUCUGUAUACGACUAUGGAGCCAUGUUCGGUACGUCUGAGUGGAAAUCUUCCCUGUGUGGACAGGAUACUCGGCAUUGGAAAGAAGAUUAAGACAGUCUAUGUGGGAGUCCAAGAGCCAGAGAAGUUUGUCAGCAACAACUCGGGCAGGGGAAGGGUGGAGAGGGCCGGUAUAGAGUUUGUGCACGUUGCUGGGCUUGAGAAGGAAAUACUAGAGGUUGCAACGGCUGGGCAUGUAACAGAGAAAGACUCAUGAACCAAACUUGGUACAGAAUGAGCAUACUACUCAUCACUCUAAAUACAGUCCGAGUAGUCACCUAUGUUUCUACAUAGUAUAGGUCAAGUCAUUAAUGUCACGAUACCAAGUAGAGCCCAAGAAUCC